UUUCACUUUCCAUGUUCCUCAGAGCUCAGCGAGGCCGAGAGACACAGGAAGGGAGGAAGAUGGAGGAACACGCGGGGAUUAUUCUGCUCCUCUGAGUUCAUCGAGGAGGUCGGAGGAUCUGGUGCACUUGGGGUGGAAGAUUUGAAAUGGUCAGAGUCAGGGUGGGAACGAGCCCUGGCUGGUCGCUGCUUUUGACGGCUCUGUGGACUCUCUAUGGAGUCGCUGGAGCACAGCCAUCCAUCACAGCUCACUAUGGACAGGACAUCACUCUGGACUGCACCUUCCACCACAUACCGGGGGUAAAACUCCAGCGACUGAACAUCACCUGGAAGAUGCAAAGAGCCGAGGGAGCAGCUCUCCUGGUUCACAGCUACUAUGGGCAGAGGGACCUGUGGCAGGGACAGGACAAGGUUUACCGGGACCGGACACAGCUGUACCUAGAGGGAAUCCACAAAGGGAAUGCGUCCCUGCGACUCAGGGCUGUGCGCUUCCAGGACGAGGGCUCCUACCUCUGCUACGUCACCUCUGAGCUGGGAACCUUGACCCAGAAGAUUUCACUGGCCGUGCUAAGGGAGAGUGAAAUGAAGUCUCCUAUCGUAGCUCAGCGGGGGCAGGACGUCACCCUGAGCUGCCCCUUUGAAUGCGGAUUAAACCUCCAGCCGUUGAACAUCACCUGGAAGAAGGAAGAAGCCGAGGGGCCGGAUCUCCUGGUUCACAGUUAUUAUAACGGGAUGGACAAGUUGCAGAGACAAGAUGUCGCUUACAAGGACAGAACACAGCUCCACCCGGAGAGAUUCCCGCAGGGAAAUGCGUCCCUGACGUUACGGAGAGUUCGCAGCCAGGAUGAGGGAUUCUACAUCUGCCAUGUCAAGCCGGAACUGGGGCGGUUUUCUGUGUGGAUGCAAGUUACAGUGGAAGGCUUUGUGAGUGACCGGCCAUCACUAGAUGUGUACUAUGCCGUGUUUUCAGUUCCGUUAUUAAUUAUAGCGUUUAUUAUCAUUAACAAGCACCGUCGUUUCCUGCUGCGCAAAUUAAAGAGUUUUCAGUUUUGGUCCCAACGGAAACAGCAGGAGGGCGGAGACCAGCCUCUCAAACCGGUUGACAGCCAAUGAAUCAGAAAAGCCAAACACACUCCUGCUACCACCUUGAAGAGGUCAGUGAGGCAGUCAAGAAUGAAAGUCUCAGAGUUGCCGUAGUCGGAGAGACGGGAUCUGGAAAGUUGUCUUUUGUCAAUGCCACCCGGGGUCUGAAAGAACACAAUACAGGAGCUGCUGAGACUGGGGUGGUGGGAGAAAUGAUGGUGGAGCCCAAGGGUUAUUCACAUCCUGGACACCCCAACGUGACGCUAUGGGACCUGCCAGGGAUCGGGAUAAUGAAUUGUCCCUCAGACACUUUCCUUGAGCAGCAUCACUUCAGAGAGUGUGACUUGGUCAUUGCCAUCUCCUGUGGGCGCUUCACAAACACCAACGCCAGAUUUGUGGAGGAGAUUCGAACGCUGGGGAAGACGUUUUACUUUGUCCGUUCCAAAGUGGACUUGGAUGAGGUGUCUGCAAGGAGAAAAAACGACUGUGAGGAGAGCGCCCUGCAGACGAUCAGAGAGGAGUGUAUGUCACACCUGGGAGGAGAAACAGACGUUUUCCUUAUAUCCAGCUGGGACCCUGACAAGUUUGAUUUCCCCCGCCUGCAGCGAACGUUAGCCAAGGAAUUCCACCGUCACAGGGCGCGUGCUUUGCAGCCGGCUCUCUCAAAGUGUUCCUUGCCCAUUUUGCACAAGAUAAAAGUGUCAUUGUAGGAGGCAGAGCAGACAUGGGGCCAAACUCUCUACUCAUGUAACUCCAAUUUAAGCCACCAGAGAAUUUGGCCCAUGUCCUAUUUUUGUGUCCCUCUGCCAGCAAAACCAGGUGCCUACGAUUUACUAGGAGUCCCACUGGCCAGGGAGUCACAGUUCUUUCCCCGCUCCCCUGGUGUUCUGGGGGACGGUUGGUGCCAACGGUUGUGAUGGUUUGGGGAGCUGUCUCUGGACCUUCUGAAUUCUGGGUGAUGCAUGAAAUUGUAUCACCCUGUCGUAGGAAGCCGGAUCCACCUCUGCCGACAGUGCACACAGCAGACACACGCCGGGAAGGUACUUGACACUCAGCCAUGGCACUUUGACCACAAUCGCUCUGCUGAAGAGCUGCAGCCUACAGGAGAAAGCAACAGUUUUAUCUUCCCUGCCCAGAGGGAAGGGAGAAAUUACACAGGUCUUAGUGCCCGGAUCAAUUGACUUGGACGUGCUCUGCAAGGCUAAGAAUAGCCAUGUUGACAUGCCCGCUUGGCAGAGGCACUAUUUACAGAGGGAGGGCACCUGCUCCUCCCACACCCCAGGUUCCUAUCACAAUGGAGUGCAAACAGGAAGAGGAACUGCUGCUCCGUGCUCCCCUGAAGGCCUUGGGUGGGGUCUGAGAAGUUGCUGCUGGCACAGGGCUGUCCCCGCCCCCGCCUGUCCCGCCCUGGGCUGUGGGAAAUGUGAAUUCCCCAGCUAUGUCCUGUGUGGCUGAGAGCUGUCUGCGUGGCUCUGUCCGUCCCCACCCUGAGCAGAGCGGGUAUAACGAGAUCCCCACAUGCCCCCUCCGGCUGGGCGGCUGAGAGUCUAGGUGCCCAUUAGCCCCCCUGCCAGCCCCCGCAGCCAGCAGCAGCGCUCGCAGCCCCGGCACCAGCGGGCACUCAAAGCCCUUCCUGUGGGGAAAUAGCUCCUCGGUCCCCGCGGGUGGGAUGGGAGCCAGGGGAGGGCAGGUCCUGGGCAGCCUUGGCCCAGAGAAGGGACCUGGUGAGAGCUGAGCUCCAGGAGUCUCCCCCACAAAGCCGGGCAGUUUUAUUUCCAGUGUCACCGUCGGUGCUGCCCUGAGACGUUUCAGUCGCUCCUGAUGGAAACCAGAGGGUGUUAUUGUCUGUACCUCGGCGUCUCCAUCAGCAAAUACAAAUGGUUUCUUCCUUCAGUUAGUCUAUGGACCUCUGGGAUAUAUAUAUAUAUUUUUUUAACGGUUCCUGGAGGGUUCUUAAUCCUCCCUGGUUAUUACAGCCUUAGAAGUGGUCACUUUCCUAACUUCUUAGUGUCUGAGUAUGCCCUAAAAAUACAUUGUUUAGAGGGCAAAUUUUCUUAACAUUUAAGACGUCUCGUGUCAGACUGUAUUUUCAUUAAGGCACAGUUAAGAAUGACCCAGUUGGGUCACUUGUUUGUAUAUAGCUGGUAUGUCUGCCUGAGAGAGAAUUUUGGGUUUGAUUUUUUUGAUACUUUUAUAUCCUUACUAAUGUGUGUGAACAAGGACAGCGUGUGUUGCUUCUGCCUGGCCAGCUGGGUUGGUUAGUAUAAUGGGAAGAGACCUGGGAUAGAGCUAACGUGUUACAGGGCAUGAUGGGAAAGUAAUCUAUGAGCAUUCACUGGGAGGCUGCCUGGUCCUUUCUCAAGCCAAGGUCAACCAACCAGUUAGGAGGGGCAUGGUGGAUGCAGGGGGCGCAGACAUAAGAAAUGCUAAAAGCCUGACCUUGGCCAGAAAACAACCUCACUCCUUACCCCUCCCAUGGGAUACAAGAGAGGUAGGACAAAGACCCCAGACAUACAACCCCCCAGAAUGGAGCAUGACCGUAAGUUGUAAGGGGUGUGACUAAGCACGUGCAUUGCAGGUAUAUUGGGGCCUGCUAAGAAGGAGGUGGUGGGAAUGGGGAACAGGGACAUGGGCUGGGCUCUGCGGCAUCGGAGCUGGGAAGGGGGGCACGGGGUAAACGCUGUGCGGUGUCAGAGCUGGGAAGGGAACGCUGGGGAACAGACUGUGCCGGCGUGUAGAGCUCUGGAUAUGUUUGCUUGGAACUAACCCCA